AUGUUUUCUUCUGUCUUCAAUUUCACGAUUGCUUGCAAUCUAUUAAUCCAUCUAACAAUUUAUACAAUGUUGCAAAAUAUAUCUAACAAUUUAUGCAAUGUUGCAAUUUCUGCAAUGUUACAAUUUCUGCAAUGUUGCAAUUUCAGAAAUGUUGCAAUUUCUGCAAUGUUGCAAUUUCUACAAUGUUGCAAGGUUACAAUAUAA